UCAGAACAGAAACCUGCAAACCUUAUACCAAAAUCUUCAAUGGCUUCUCUCCUUCCUCCAACCUCAACCCCACUUCAAAAAUCCCACCCAUUCCCACUCCUCCCCUCUCCAAAACCUACAAGCCCAAUUCAAAUCUACCCGCCAAGAAAAACCCAACAAAAGUGCAACGCAAUCUUUGGCCAAAUCCCGGAGGAUUUCCUAUCACCAAGCUCUCUAGUCCCCAUUCUCAAUAAGUUAAAUACCCAAUUACCCGGUACCGAGAACUGGGGAGUUCUGUUCUUCAUUGGGUUGGGUUGGGUGUAUUUGACUGCGAGGCCCGGGGUGCUAAUGGGUGCCAUUGAUGCUUAUUUCUUAGCUCCAUUGCAGUUUGGGCUUGACGCGUUGAUUGGUAGGAGGAACUUGAAGAUGGAGGAUUUUGUUGUGGGGGAGAGACUGGGGGAGGGGUCUUUUGGGGUUGUGUAUUCGGGGGCGAUCGUGCCGAAGAAUAUGAAGGUUGAGGAGAGGAUUGGGAGGAAUAAGAAGAGGUUGGAGAUGGAUGAGAGGUUUAAGGACAGAGUUAUUCUUAAGAAGGUUAAGGUUGGAACUAAAGGAGCUGAGGAAUGUGGUGAUUUUGAGGAGUGGUUCAAUUACAGGGUCUCAAGAGCAGCUCCCGAAUCAUGUGCAGAGUUCCUUGGAACUUUUGUUGCUGAGAAGACGAUCUCAGAGUUCACCAAAGGGGGGAAAUGGCUUGUAUGGAAAUUUGAGGGAGACAGAAAUCUGUCUGAUUACAUGAACGAGCGAAGCUUCCCCUUAAACUUAGAAUCCAUCAUGUUUGGCCGCGUCCUCCAAGGCCUAGACUCAAUAAAACGAAACGCGCUGAUUAUUAAACAGAUAAUGCGACAGAUAAUAACAUCUCUCAAAAAAAUCCAUGACACUGGAAUUGUUCACCGAGAUAUCAAGCCAGCAAAUUUAGUGGUAACAAGAAAAGGGAAGAUCAAGCUCAUAGAUUUCGGUGCAGCUACUGAUCUUCGUAUUGGUAAGAAUUAUGUACCUGAUCGUGGAUUGCUUGAUCCAGAUUAUUGCCCUCCAGAGAUGUAUGUGAUGCCUGAGGAGACACCAGAGCCUCCACCUGAACCAAUCGCAGCUAUUCUUUCUCCAAUUCUUUGGCAGCUUAAUAGUCCUGAUCUGUUCGACAUGUACUCAGCCGGUAUCAUACUAAUGCAAAUGGCAGUUCCAAGUUUAAGGUCAAGUGCGGGUCUUAAGAACUUCAACUCAGAGAUAAAAUAUGCUGGUUAUGAUCUAAAUAAAUGGAGAGAGAGAACUCGGUCAAGGCCAGAUUUGCGCUUACUGGAUCUUGACUCUGGUAGAGGGUGGGAUUUGGCUACAAAGCUUGUUUCAGAGAGAGGAUCUCUCAGAAGAGGAAGAUUGUCUGCUGCUUCUGCUCUCAGGCAUCCUUAUUUUUUGUUAGGGGGAGAUCAGGCAGCAGCUGUGUUAUCGAAACUGAGCUUGACUAAGUGAUGUUAGUAGCUUAGUUUCCCUGAAUUAUCUCUCUCUUAUUCUUUUUGAAAGAAAAGUCGAAGAAUCCAGGAAGACUAUGAGAGAUCACCUGUGCUAUGGCCAUUAUUUUUUAUCUGCAUUUGGAGUUGGUCAUGAAUAUAGAGUCAUUUUCACCAUUUUUCUUUCCCUUGAAUAUCCAAGGUAUAAAGAGUCUCCUUUUAUUUCAUUUUGUACAAUAAAUCUUCUGAUAUAUAUAUUUUUAAGAAUACACACUGUAAGAACAGAUUUUUGUGUAAGACCAAACUAAC